AUGGAGGAGGAGAAGCGUGAAGGAGUGAUCGAAAGAACGAGUUGGAUCAUAUCAGAACCUUACUACUUCCUCCAUCUCAUGGCCUUCUUCUCGUACCUUCCGAUUCGCAGCUCCGCAUCUCAUCGACUCUUCGACAGAGAAAUCCAAGCAUCUCUAGCGUUCCUCAUGUUCUCCGCUAUCAAGAUGGUUAGAGAGGAAACAUGGGAGGCCUUCGUCGCGGAUAGCUUACUCUAUGCUAAGAUCUUUCUCAUUGCUGUUUCGUUGGUUAUGGAUUAUCGAGUGGCGAUCUGGUUCUGUGUCAUAUUUUCUGUCGUAUAUCUUUUAGCUCAACAACCAGCAUUUAGCAGAUUAGGAACUGCGAAGAAGCUAACACCUAUGCAAUUGGAGGAUUUGUUAUCAGAUGGGACCACAACUAAAUACUGGUUGAUAGAAUUCUAUGCGUGUUGUUCAUCCAAGUGUGUUCGUUCAAGCCGCUGCUUUCCCGAGCUCUCCAUCACAUACUCGAAUAAUCUUUUGUCCUUUGGAACCAUCGAUCUUGGACUUUUCCCUAAUACUGCAGCAAAGUUUGGAAUAUCUCUCGCCGGUGGAAUGUCUCAGCUUCCAACAUAUAUAUUGUUUGAAAAGGGUGUAGAAGUUUCUCGGUUCCCAGACUUUUAUGUUGACGCUGCACCGUCUUUACCCAUAACCAAGAAACUUCUGUGUCAACAUUUUGAGCUAGACCGGCUUCUGCUUGACUACAUCAACGGAUCAUAACCAGGGAAAUGUUAUAUUCGCCAAUAUAUAGAUAGACGGCUUCUCGUGCAAGAGCAGAAUCAACACAGCUUAUAAGAGGCAAACAUUUCCGUCUCUCACUUUCAUUUGUUCUAUCUUUAAAUAGUAGGCAUUUUUAGUGAGGCUCGCCUGAAGGAAACCACAUAUACUACUUUUGUGUUAUAGAAAGAUAAGAAGAUCAUGUUAAAAGUUUUAUGAGGCUCGAAUUUCAAAGAAGAAUUCUUGAUGUUGAUGGUAAUGAAAUCUCAGUAAAUUCUUGACUUUUUAGUGCCCCUUUCGUUUUCAUGACUUUUAGUGUCACUCAAGGCUUGUUGCGGGAGUCAUCC